CUGACAGUCCUUACUGGAUCCGCCUGGUUCUCAGCACCCCAGGCCGCGGCCUCCGUGGCCCACUGCACCCCCCGAACCAUUGACCACCCUGGAGCCAUUGAAACCCUCACCCCGGUCUGCUCCAGAUUUGACUUCCUCGUUUGGACUUGGUGUCUCCAGCUCUGGCAGUGCUUGGCACCCUGCUCCUGCGGCGAUUAAAUCCUGUGCUCUUCUGUGCAUGAAGCCGCACGUGGUAGGUACUUACUGCCUGGCACCCUACAGCCGUUGUGGAAGCUCUUCUUUAACCUGGUGGGAAAAACAGGCCAAUCCAGCACAUCCCUUCCUGCAGGCUACUCCGACUUACGGGAACAGAAUCUGUGGACUCAACAUGAGCGAAGUUUCCUGCAAAAAACGGGAUGACUAUUUGGAGUGGCCCGAGUAUUUCAUGGCGGUGGCCUUUUUGUCAGCACAGAGAAGCAAAGAUCCAAAUUCCCAGGUUGGAGCCUGCAUUGUGAAUGCUGAAAAUAAGAUCGUUGGGAUAGGGUACAAUGGAAUGCCCAAUGGGUGCAGCGAUGACCAGUUGCCUUGGAGUAGGACAGCAGAGAAUAAGUUGGAUACCAAAUACCCUUACGUGUGUCACGCUGAGCUGAAUGCCAUCAUGAACAAGAAUUCGGCGGACGUGAAGGGCUGUACUAUCUAUGUUGCUCUGUUCCCAUGUAAUGAAUGUGCUAAACUCAUCAUCCAGGCAGGUAUAAAAGAAGUGAUUUUCAUGUCUGAUAAAUACCAUGACAGUGAUGAGGCAAGCGCUGCAAGGCUCAUGUUUGAGAUGGCCGGGGUUAAGUUCAGGAAAUUCUCACCGAAGUGCAACAAGAUUGUCAUUGACUUUGAUUCAAUUAACAGCCAGAAGAGUUAGAAGCCUCAGUGAGUUCUGUCUUCAGGAAUUGGGACUUUCCUCUAAGAUGUUGCUGAUGUCUUUCAUCUGGAAGUUGCACAUAACUUUUUAAUAGCCAGUGCAGCCCAAGUAGACAUCUAAAGAGUACACAGCCUCAAGUCUCUCUUUGGACCCUCUGGUGACAUGCAGUCCACAUCUGUUUAGACUAUUGAUUUAGGAUUGAAAAUGAGGGCCUGUCCUAUGGGGCUGGAUCUCAGGUGUCUCCUCCUUCAUGAUGCGUCUGGCUGGGAGGCUGGUGGCUCUGCUAUCCACUAGGUUUCAGUAGUCACUCCUCAUGUAAAUAAUAGCGGGGAUGAGCAGACAUGCUGAUGUGAACAUCUGGCCCAAAUGAAGCAUAGCAUGUAGUGGCCUUGGAAAAAAAGAAAAUCAAGCCCGAAUGACAGUAGCAUUAAAGUAUUUGCUGUAGAGUAGAGGGAAACCCCCCAUCCACCCACCCAGAAGAACUGGAUGGGAUGGCACAGCUGGUCUGGCAGAUGAUCAGUGCCACUGAGCCAGGAGUAUCUUCUCUGUUCCCGCCUCUCCUGUCACACCAGGGAGUGGCAUAUCAUCUCUCUGGGGGGUGGGGACCCCUGUGGGUUUGGCUUCUGAUCUUUGGUUUGUUGGUCACAUAGAACUGUUUGGCUUAGUUUAUCUGAGUAAUGAGUUGUUCCCAGAGGAGGCGGCUUGUCACUUUCUCUAGGCCACGCCCCCACACUGGGAUUGCAGUUGCAAUUGUGUGGAUGGGAGAGGUGCACCAUCUUCCCCCACUGCUACUUCCACUGGGUGGAAAAGUGCUGUCUCUACUCCACUUGCCAACGUAGGUCAUUUCCAAGGGCGCUCCACAGCCAGAGAGUAAACGCAUUCCUGUCCUGUAAGUGGGUUGUGAGAACUUCUCCACGUCGCCCCCCUCCCCCGCCCCCUUCCCAGAGGCUGUUACUCCACACUGUUGGGGAUUGGAGCUCAUUGGUGCUUCCUGAAUGCUUUGGCCUAAUCACUGUAAGUGGAAAAUACAAGCCACGUGUCUUAUCUUUAAUCUCAUUUAAUCUUUAUUAAACAUGUUCAGUCCUUUUAUUGAGAAAAUGGUUUCUUUAUCCUAAAGAUUAUUACCUUUUUUAGAAUGUUCUUAUAUUUUCAUGAGUUUUUAUUUUUGUCUCUGAGGUUUCUUUAUAUGCUGUAUUCCAGGGCAUCUUGUGAGUUGGCUCCCUACCAAUAUUAUUAAAAUCUUAUUAAACUCUA